AUGCCAGUCUUCCCUUUAGAACGAUCUAUUACCCUGAAAGGCUACUCGGUACGAAGGAAGCAAGUUCCCAUGUGCCCGGCUUUCUGCCUUACCGACUACAAAGUGCAAGGCUCGACACUCGCAGCUGCGAUCCUUGACCUCAAAGAUGACCCCACUAUCCGAGGACAAGAUCGUCACCGGAAAUAUUGCUCGACCUAUUUGCAGCUAUCUCGACUUCGGUCCUCCAAAGGCCUUCAUCUCCUUCAGAAUCUCGACAUGCAAGACCUUCGAUUCGGUCCUGAUCCUCAACUGCUAACUGAAAUGGAAAGACUCCAGAAACUCGAACUAGAGACGAUUGCUGCAUAG